CUCAUUCAAUACCAUCUCUCUCUUUGAUACUUUCUCUUACUCAUGGAAAUGGCUAAAACCCUAGCAUUGUUGCUACUCUUCCUCCAACUAACUUCUUUCUCUUCAUUUGCUGAAGAGCUUGAAUCUCUUCCCCCAACUUACCCUCCUCACACCCCAUCUCCCCUUCACCCUCCAACUAAGUCACCGGUUCACCCACCGGCCAACCCCCCUCACCACCACCAUCACCACCACAACCACUCACAUUCCCCAGCUCCCACCCCUACUCAUACUCGUUACCCUCCUCACUCACCAGCUCCACUUCACCCCCCAACCAAAUCACCAGCUCACCCACCUGCUACACCCCCAACCCACGGCCACCACCACCACCACCACGCUCCUGCUCCUGCCCCUACUCACACACCCGUCGUUCCAACUCACCCACCAUUGCACCCUCCCGCUCAUGCUCCUGCUCACUCACCAUCCCACCCUCCUGCUCCCGCUCACUCACCACCGCACCCUACUCCCAUCCCUAGAAGCUUCAUUGCUGUUCAGGGUGUUGUUUAUGUCAAAUCAUGCAAGUAUCCUGGUGCUGACACCCUCUUGGGAGCUUCAUCACUUCUUGGUGCCGUUGUGAAGCUUCAAUGUAACAACACAAGGUACAAGUUGGUGUUGAAGGACGAAACUGAUAAGAAUGGUUAUUUCUACAUUGAAGGCCCAAAGAGCAUUACAAGCUAUGCAGCUCAUAAGUGUAAUGUUGUGUUGGUUAGUGCACCUAAUGGGCUUAAGCCUUCGAAUCUUCAUGGUGGUGUUAGUGGUGCUGCUCUUAGAGCUGAGAAACCUUUUGUGUCUAAGGGUUAUCCUUUUGUUCUCUACACCGUUGGGCCUCUUGCAUUUGAGCCCAAAUGUUAGGAUUUGAAGAAUUGGGAGUUUUUUUAUUUUAUAGAUUGAUGUGUUGUUUAGGAGUUUGGUUUAAGAUUGUGAUGAAAUAUGGUGUUUUAGGUGUUUGAAUUAUCAAUGCGUAAUAAGCAGUGACAUUAUGUGUGUGUGUGUGAUUGAUGGUUCUUGUAAGAAUUCGGUAUUAGAAAAAAUGAUGUUUAAUGCUUUUGUGUA